AUCAAAGUAACCUCAGAGAUUGCUGGAGUUAAAAUAAUAAAACGAAAGAGCCGAAGCAAGCUGAUUGGAAAAAUAGAACAGUUUUGAGAAAACACUGAAACCGCAUAGUAUCGAAGGACAAUGAAGCUUAUCGUUCUGUUAAUGAUCGCCUGUAGUGUACUUCCAGCCAUGGAAGCAAUCAAGUGCUACUCGUGCAAUUCCGUUCUACAAAAUUGCGACAAUGUUAAGGAUGGGGACAAAUUCGUGGUUACAUGCCCCGCAAGUAUGCCAAUGUGUUACGUUACACGAGGCAAAACUGGAGAUUUAACUGUAACAGAGCAUGGUUGCAUAUUUGAGCAUAAGGCUGGAUGCGAAAAAGCAGAAACUGGGAAAAUGAAAGGGGAAAUAUGUUGGUGUAACGAGGACAAAUGCAACGGAUCCAAUAAUGUGGCAACGUCUUCGAUUGUGUCCGUGUUGGCGUUAAUUUCGGUGAUCGUUUACAGUAAUUGUUAUUAAUUUGGGCUAGGCGCAUACCCUAAACAUCUUGGUGCAAAUCAAUAAAUUAUCCCGUUAACUAAU